CCUGGUCUAAGGUUCAGGUCCAGAUUAACAGAUUAAGGACACUGCAACUUGCGAGUAAUUAAAUUUGCGUGCUUGUUUAACUAGCCAACCGUGCGGUCAACAUACACCGGCUGAACUAUGUAAAAUAGUGUUCUUCACUGCUGAACCCCAAAGCUAAUCCAUGCUUUUAUUUAAUUCAAACUGAUCUUCCAUCCACUCACGGCACGCAGCAAAUCACUGUCUUGCUAGUUGCUACUCCAAGGCAUCUCACAUCAUCUAAUCUAUAUGCCAAUCUAUAUAUAGUCCACAUUACACCCACAACUACCAUCAACCCAGAUCACCAUAUCCACCUCGAGUCCUCACUCCUCAGACUACUUGAGCCCCAACUUCUACUCCCAGCCGGUCAUGGCUAGAUACUCAAUGGGUUUCCUUGUCGCCCUCGCCUUGUGUGCCUGCAUGCUUAGUGCUCUAGCGGCACGGGACCUCACCGACGAUAGCUCCACAAUCGCGAGGCACGAGCAAUGGAUGGCCAAGUACGGGCGUGUGUACAGCGAUGCAGCCGAGAAAGCACGACGGCUAGAGGUGUUCAAAGCCAACGUGGAGUUCAUAGAAUCGGUGAAUGCCGGGAACGACAAGUUCUCCCUCGAGGCCAACCAGUUUGCAGAUAUGACCAAGGAUGAAUUCAGGGCUACUCAUACAGGGUAUAAACUUCCUGUGGGUGGUAGCAAGAGCCAGAAGAUGACGGGCUUUAGGUACGCGAAUGUCAGCCUCGACGCUGUCCCAACUUCUAUGGACUGGAGAACCAAAGGCGCUGUCACUCCCGUCAAGGAUCAAGGCCAAUGUGGGUGUUGUUGGGCGUUCUCCACAGUUGCCUCCAUGGAGGGCAUUGUGCAGCUCAGCACCGGCAAACUGAUCUCUCUGUCAGAGCAGGAGCUCGUGGACUGCGACACCUCGGACAAUGGCUGUGGCGGCGGGCUCAUGGACAAUGCCUUUGAGUUCAUCGUCCAGAAUGGCGGCCUCACCACCGAGACCAACUACCCUUACACCGGCACAGAUGGCUCCUGCAACUCCAAUAGGGCAUCCAGCUCCGCCGCAUCAAUCAAGGGGCAUGAGGACGUGCCGGCCAACGACGAGGCAUCUCUACAGAAGGCGGUCGCAGCACAGCCUGUGUCCGUGGCACUUGAUGGAGGGGACGACCUCUUCCGGUUCUACAAGGGUGGUGUGCUAUCUGGUGACUGUGGAACGGACCUUGAUCACGGUGUUACUGCUGUCGGGUACGGUGUGGCUGAUGAUGGGAAAAAGUUUUGGGUGAUAAAAAACUCAUGGGGAACGUCAUGGGGUGAGGAUGGUUAUAUCAGAAUGGAGAGGGACAUCACCGACAAGCAAGGCCUCUGCGGUCUGGCCAUGCAGCCCUCGUACCCGAUGGCAUAG